UUCAUUCCUAUCCGAUACUGGCCUUGGGCUGCGGAAGUGACAGAGAGGAGGCAAGAUGGUUGGGGAGAGAAUGAGGUGUUAGGAAAGACAUCCAGAGUCCACAGAGCACCAGGACAGACGCGGCUGCCAGGGAAUCCCCAACUUUCUGCUCGGGAAUCCUCCAGGCCUUCCUCCAGAAGUGGUUUCAAAAGUUGUGAAAUUACAGCGGGCGCCUGGCCGGCAGCAGCCUUCCCAGGCCCAAGUCCCCAGCCUGAAGUUGCAGAACAGAGGGGCGGGGAGAAGCGGUCCUGGUAUUGUCUCCAAAGUAGCAGAAACAGAAAAAACGAAACCAAAAGCUGCCGGUCGGCUCCCGCUCGCCCUGAGUGCGCGGCUAGAAUUUGGCCCCUCUAGCAGCCGAGGGCACCUCUUUCCUCCGCCAUGGCAUCCACUUUGAAUGUCAAGGAAUCCAAAUCUUCUGAGAGAACAAUUGUAGUUGCUGGUCUUCCUGUUGGUCUAUUUAAUAACCACUUACUGACUACUUUAGUAAAGAGUCACUUCCAAGACAUUAAGAAUGAGGGUGGAGUAGUAGAAGAUGUAAUAUAUCCAACAAGAACCAAGGGAGUUGCAUAUGUGACAUUCAGAGAAAAAAAAGUUGCAGAGAAUAUUAUUAGAAAAAAGAAACACCAUCUAGCAAAGAAAAUUGGAUCUGCUCAACUCACAAUCUCUCAUUUUGGUGAAAAGGUUUUUAGCUCUGUAAAUGCGACCCUUGAUCUUUCUGUUUUUCGAAGUCAAGUCAGCCUAAUAAGCCUGGUAAUGGACUUGAAAAUGGAAAUUCCACAUUUAUACUUCGGUCCUUUAAGAUCCAGUGGAAGAAUCUCCAUUCAAGGAUCAUUUCUGGAUUUCAAAAGACUCAAAGAAUCUUUGCUACUAAAAGCAAGUUCUCUUUUAGAAGAAAACAGGAAUUUUAUCAGUGAGGGGGAAAAGUGGCAUAGAGAGAGUCCCAGAAGGAGUCUACAGAGAAGUAGUAAAUCUCUGGAGUCACCUAGACCAUCACUACCUGAAAGUACUAGACAUGGAGAAAUGCUUGUCCUUGACACAGAUGUUUUCCUUUACAUGAAAAAUAAGCACAGAUUUUAUGAAAGCACAUUAAAAAAAUUUCAUAUGCUAUGUAAGGAGAGAAUCGAUGGUGAAAUUACCACAAUUUGUAUAAAAAGUACACAAGAUGAUUCUGAAUCAAACAAUGAAAAACAGGUGAAAAAGCUCAUUGAGAAGUUUUCACAUGAUCUUCAUUUUAAGCUUAGAAAAGAGACAUUUAUUUUGGAAGGAAAGGAAGAAAGAGAGAAAAGAACUAUCAAGUCAGCUUGUGAACAACUAGGUUUAAGGUACUUUCAGGUCUUGACUAAUUUUUAUAAGACACAUAUUGACAUUAUAGGAUCUUCUUCUGACAUUUACUUGUUUACAAAAGAGGUCAUGAAAUUAAUAGGGCAAAAGGUUAAGUUAUAAAAUCUCAGUGAUAGCAGUGAUUAUGGCUGCUGCUUUCCCCUUAUUGCUUCAUAAGUGAUGGCAGGAAUUAUGAUAUUAGGUUUGUUCACAUGAUCUCAUUUAAUCCUUACCACCAUCCUUCAUCAUCGGCAUUGUUAUUGUCAUGUUAUAGAAGAAGAAAGUAGAUACCUGAUAUAGUAAAACACUUGUUUGAAGUUAUCCAGCCAGAAAACGAUGGGCUGUGUUUAAACCUAGUUGAUUUGAAUACAAAGAUGAUAUAUAAGGUAUGAAAACUUGAAAGCAUCUCACUAAACUGUAAAGAAAUCUCACUUUCUCUACAGCUCUGAAUUCUUAGAAACAAAAACCAGCCAAUUAUAGAUAUCUGGGCACUGCAGGGACCCUCCAUUGCUAACAAAAUACAAACAUCUUUUUUAUCUCAAAGUAGACAAGAUUAUGAUAAUGAAACUUUAAUCAGUAGAAAGGUAUAGCAAAAUCUCUGUAUAUGUUUUCAUUUUUCUCAGUCAUCUAAAUUCCAAAUAUGCAAGCAAUUUCCAUUUCUUUAAAUACAACUAUUUAAUUUCUGUAAAAGUGAACACUUUUUGUAAUGUACUGGAAACUGCUGUUUUUAUCAAGUGCCUGAAAAAGUUUCUUUUAUUUAAAAAGAUGUUUCAUUUUUACAUUGUUUCUAGUUUUGUAUUAGUGUGGGUCUAUUCAGGAAAUAGAUACCACACAGUAAAUGAAAAAAGAAUUGUGAACUAUAACAGGGGUUGGAAUAUAAGGAGGAAUUGGUUAAUAAGUGAAAACUGCAUAAGGAAACCUUUACUAAAAUUGGAGUUGGGAAGACCUGUAGAGGGAGCAGUUACACAUUAUCACUCACCAUUAUUUCAUGGGUUUAUCUAUUUAAUGUGUAUCCCAAUAUUAGGCUAUCCUUACGUUUCCUAAUAAUGACAUUACCAGCUGCUCAAGGAAGAUUUAUCCUUUCCCACAACAGCUCUGCUACUGAGAAGUACUGCUGCUCAGCCAAAAAGACGCUGUCACCACCCCGGGCAUGCACUUUCAUCCUAUGAACUCUUGUUCAGAACAGUCCCUCCUGCUGCCCCCUUUUUUCUAUAUAAACAGGCUCCCUGACUUUUUUUUUUUUUCAAUUAUGGUCUGCCUUAGCGUGCGUGUCAUGAAUUGACAUUCUUUUGGCUAUUCCUGAAUAGAUUAACUGACUUUUUGUUUAAGUUGAUUUAAGAUAUAAAGAGGACCCUAAAAAUAUAAGAAUGACAGAUAUAAGGUACAGUUUAGCUAGAACACCCAAGGAAUGCCUGUGCCCCUCCCCCAUCUCCCAUCAUUGUUUCCUGACCUUGCUGGAGUAUUUGUGCCAGAGGAUCUUGCUAGAAAUCUGUCUAGAGUUCAUGAGGAACCUGUUAGCAGGAGAGGUCUCAACAAGGACACUUCAUUACAAAAUACCUGAAGGGGUGAAUGGGGAGCUACUGGUGUUUGGGUUCUGCACAAUGCCCUACAGGCACUGAGCGCUGGGGCGUCCUUGUGUCCUGGAGGCUGGACAGUGGAGAAGCUGUCCAUAUUGCAGAAAUUAGUUACCGAGGGAUACCUCCUUUCGUGCUUGAGGUACUGGAUUACAAAGAGCCUGUCAACUGGCUGGAAGCUGGAACAGGACUCCUUUCCUCAUGUGAUGUCUGUCCAGCGCCCUCUACUGAGAAACCUUAAUCCUGUCAGCUACAAAGGAAAAAAAAAAAAGGAAAAAAUAUUUAAAGGACCCAGACCCAUUUUUAAAGGUUUGGGAUAGGUUGACUUUGAAGCCAAGUCAGUAAAUUGCUAGGUGGCAGAAAUAUUUGAUACUUACCAAGGCUUUCGCUAUUAGCUCAAAUUUAAUACCAGUUCUUUCGGAAGAAAAAACUGGAUCAGAAUAUUGAGGCAUAUUCUAUGAUCUGAUGGACAAUAAAUCUAAAUUGAUUUACAAGUAUGGGUAUAGCAACUUCUGCUUGACAUAAUUAGGUAUUCAAGCAUUUUUAUGUACUGCUGUCUAUUUUAGAGUUUGUUUAUUAUAUUUGUAAUAUGCUAUUUCUGUAAUCAAUUUCAUUCUUAAUAAAAACUGACAUUUUUUUAAAAAGAGGUGGUGAUUUUAUUAAUAUCC